GUCUCUAACGUGCCUGUCUGUCUCUCCUCAGAAAGGUGACUGGGCUGCAGAGAAAGUGAUCAGUGUUCCCAAUAAGAAGGUGGAGGGAUGGGCCCUGCCGGAGAUGCCUGGUCUGAUCACAGACAUCCUGAUCUCAUUGGACGACCGUUUCCUCUUCUUCAGUAAUUGGCUCCACGGUGACAUCAGACAGUAUGACAUCACAGACAGAAGGAGCCCACGAUUGGUCGGACAGGUGUUUCUGGGAGGAAGUCUCGUCAGUGACGGUCCAGUCCAAGUCCUUGAAGACCCCGAGAAUCAGCCGCAGCCCCCCCCCCGCAUCAUCAAGGGGAGGCGUGUCUCUGUCUAA